AUGAUCAAAAGUUUUGCCCAGGAUAUCGCCAAAAUUGAGGUCGGAAAGGACUGGCCGUAUAGCUUCGUCCGACGUAACAGCGAUGAGCUCGGUUGCACUUGGUUCGACGGUUUUGAUAUCGCAAGAAAGAGAGCAGACAAUGCUUCUAGAUACAGAGCCUACUAUGAGCUUAUUGGCGAGAAAAUCGAGAAAUACGACAUCCUGCCUUGCAACACGUAUAAUGUGGACGAAAAGGGCUUUCUCCUCGGCGUCAUCAAUCGUACCAAGAGAGAUGGCAACAGAUCAUGGAUCACGUUCCUGGCAUGUGUCUGUCAAGACCUGACCGCGCUACCCCCGUUUCUCAUCUACCAAGGCAAGCCAGGGCAAGUUCAGGACUCCUGGCUCACGGAGUUUGAUCCGGAGCACCAAGCGGCGUUUUCACAACCUCAGAAACGGGUUGGACGAACCAUGAACUUGGAAAGGAAUGGCUCAUUGGUGUUUUCGACCGGUUCACGAAAGAAAAGGCGCGAAACGGCCGGGAUUACCGCCUCCUGA